AUGUCAAAUACUGACACAUCGACGACAGUGGCAGCAUGGACAAACACUUGGCAACACUUGAUGCUGGCCGCCGGUCUGCUGGCGCUACUACUGUCCGGCGGUGGCACUAACAUCCUCGUCUCGGCCGAGGGUAACAUCGGAUGCCUCUUUGCGGAAACACUCUGCCUGGAACACCUGGAAUGGUGUUACGAUGACUUCGCCUUUGGAAAGUGUCUACCGCAGUAUGGGCUGGAACCGGAGGAACUCUUCCGGAAACCGCUCGAGGAGGACCAGAGCCGCAUCCUGGCGCGUAUGCUCGAGGAGCUCCAGGGGGCCGGCCUGGGCUGGGAGCACCCGUUCACCCAGUGCCGCAUCCAGGGCGCCCUGUUUGCCAUCCGCACCAACUCGGAGAUCCCGCAGACGCUGUGCGCUAAUCUAGCACCGGACCCGGAGAUCCUGGGCCCUCAGAGUCCGCUUGCCUUCGUACGGUUCACACCGCCGAACGAGGAGUACGCCGACGAGGUAUACUAUCCACCGCCGAAGAAGGCAUUCGCGAAACAGCAGCUGGAGUCACCGGUAGAGUUGGACGUUCUGCCGGAGGUGAUACCGUUGGAUCCGCGCGGUCCGCCGAUGGAUUUCGAGCGAGCGCGCCUGCAGGAGCUGCAACGACGUAUUGCGCUUGGGCGCAUGCUGAAACAGUACGAUGCCGACCAACAGCAGCAUCCACCGGACGUGACGGACUAUCUGGAUACGGGGGUGGAUGUGAACGAGAUCGAGGACAGCCAGCUGUUACCGUUCAAGGCAGCGGAAGGUGAGCGUGAGUGGGCGUACGGUACGAGCAAGCGCGGAUCGGGCAUCUUUCGCGAUCAGCAGACCGGGAACGAUGAGGAACGGGCUCUGAAGGAGCUGGUCGAGCGUCUAACGCCGGCCGAUGUCGAUCCGGAGUUUGAGUACAUCUAUCCGAAGACGUCCUCCUUCCGGGAGUAUGCGAAGGAGCAUCACAUUCCGAAGAUUUCCAACUUUGCGCCGGAGAACGUCAACCGACUGCAGCAGGAAGCCGGAGUGGCCAAGGCGAACGACCCGAACGUGGACAAGUUCUAUACGCACCCGCACAAGGCGGUGUCGCACGCCCGCAAUGAGAUACCGGCGACGGGAAACUUCCGCGAGUCGGCUGUGGCCGCGUAUGCACCGGGGCCGGAAGCGGGCGGUCUGUACACGGAGGGAGGGUUCGUGUACGUGCCGAAGUCGGGUGGUAGACCGGGCAAGGACGAGGCACGCACCCUGCUGGAUAACAUCCUUGGCUUUACGAGACGCGAGCGGCUAGACGUGAAGAAGCCGGGACCACCGGCAGCACCACCACCAUCCGGUCAGAGCCCGAAUGAACCACCGAAGGAGAAGGCACCGACGGAGGAAAAGCCUCAUGCUGCCGAAGGCGGGGAAGACAAGCGGCCAAAGUCUAAAAAGGAAUUGUUUGCCCACACGGACGAUGAUCAUGCGCCGCACUCGGUCGACACGGAGUACGCGCACGUUAUCCUGAAGAACCCCAUCGACAACUGGAAGGAUGGAUCGCGUAUCGUGGCCGCUCUGGCGGAGUUGCUUAACAUGCAGGGCUAUUUCACGCAUCCACGAGUCGACCGGCACGAGGUAUCGUUCCGGGUGGAGGCGAACCCGGACCGCAAAACGGCCGCCGAUGUGGCCAAGCAGAUUAACGACAGCCGCUUCAAGAACAAUCUGUCCCGUCGGUUGGGAGUGCUCGUCAUUCAGGCCGGUGUCGGCGACAAGACGAAGGAGAUGGAUGCCGUUUCAUCGCAGCGUUUGAAGCGGGUGGAGGACGGCCCGAAUGUGACGCACGUGAUGGCGUACAUGUUUGCCGGGGCGGGAGCUGCCGCUGUCAUCGUGGUCGCGAUGACACUGUUCCUCAUCCGCAAGCACGACAAGAAAAAGGACAAACUGGGCGGACUGCAAUCGGGGCUCGGUGGAGGCGAUAGUUCGAGCAAGGACUAUCAGGACCUUUGCCGGGCGCGUAUGGCCGGUGGAAAGACCGGACCGACCGGGUCCGAUUCGCCCGGUGGACGCAUAACGGCGCUGACGAAGGAGGCCGAAGCAAGACCACCAUCGUCCCGGUCGAGUACCUCGUCCUGGAGCGAAGAACCGGCACUAACGAACAUGGACAUCUCAACCGGACACAUGGUACUGUCGUACAUGGAGGACCAUCUGCGCAACAAGGGACGAUUGCAGCGCGAGUGGGAAGCCCUGUGCCGGUACGAGGCGGAACCAAGCGCACGGGAUGCGGCACUGCAGUCGCAGUGUGCACCACUGAACCGCCCCGGUGCACCCUUACCGUACGAUCAUUCGCGUGUCGUGCUGAAUCAUCUGGCGAAUGCGGAGGGCAUGGACUACAUCAACGCAUCCACCAUCACCGAUCACGAUCCACGGGCACCCGCGUAUGUGGCCGCCCAGGGACCGAUGCAGUCGACAUUGGCCCACUUCUGGCAGAUGGUGUGGGAGCAGGGUGCGGUCGUGCUGGUUGCCUUGUGCCGGCUGCAGGAGAACGGUGAACCGGCGUGUGCCCGCUACUGGCCCGAGGAAGGCGCCGAGGUGUACCACAUUUACGAGGUGCAUCUGGUGAGCGAACACAUCUGGUGCGAUGACUAUCUCGUGCGUUCGUUCUACCUGAAGAACCUGCGCACCGGGGAAACGCGUACCGUAACGCAGUUCCACUUCCUGUCCUGGCCGCAGGGUGGCGUACCGACGUCCGCCAAGGCGCUGCUUGACUUUAGGCGCAAGGUGAACAAAUCGUACCGCGGCCGUUCGUGUCCGAUCGUGGUCCACAGCAGCAAUGGAUCCGGCCGUACCGGUGCGUACAUCCUGCUCGAUCUGGUGCUGGGUCGCAUGAACAAGGGUGCCCGCGAGAUCGACAUUGCGGCGACGCUGGAACAUUUGCGCGAUCAGCGUGCCGGGCUGGUCGCCACCAGGCAACAGUUCGAGUUCGUGCUGAUGGCCGUCGCGGAAGAGGUCCACGCCAUCCUGAAGGCACUACCGCAAUCCACCGGCAGCAACAAGGGCUCGCAGGAUCAGGAAAAGGAUGGUAACGCUGCAGCACCGGAAGCGGCUAAGACCGGCGACAAACCGGUGGACAAGUAA